AUGGGUAGAACAAAAAUUACUCAUACUACUGUUGUUCGAAGUGGAACAUAUCAUGAUGAUCGAAUAUGGAUAUUGGCAGUUAUUUUAGCAUGUUUUGCACUUCUUUUUGCAAUUAUUGGUAUUGUUACACCAGGUUGGAAUGGAAUUAAUAUAAUAAAAAAUUCUCAACGUCAUCUUUCAACAAUAGUUUUAUGUUUUAUUGCAAUAUUUCUUAUUAUAUUGGGUAUUAUUGCAUUAGUUCUUUUUGCACGACGAUUAAUAACAAGUUUUUCAAGUGGAAUUAAAAUGUCUGCAGUUAUUAUUCUUGCACUUGCUGGUAUUUUCAUUGUUAUCGCUUAUUCGUGUAUUAAUCCCUACAGCUCAAAUAAUUAUAGUUAUUAUUUAAUGACAAUAGCAGGUAUUUUUACUUUCAUUUCAUCCAUAGUUUCUGCUUUUUGGCUUGGUCGAAAUUGGAUUACGGUUUAA